CUUUCUCUCUCACACAGAACAGAGGCUGAGAAAAACGGAGGGAGAAGCAAAGGAGAGGAAGACAGAGGGAGAAGGAGAGGACAGACUGAGAAGCAACCAGCCUAUCCGGAGUCUAGACCUUUACAUCUUAAUCCAAUCUGUGCACUGUGGAACCACAGAGAAGGAGGAAAAGAAGAUUGAUCCUGACCCUUGUUGCUGAGCCACACGGGAAGCUCACUCAUAAGGACAGCAGGAAGGAGGUAGUGUGAGGCUAGGCCGCUAGCCUUUAAUUCUCAGUGGAGAAGAGCUGACAAUCAUCGUGAGACAGUCUGCUUUGGAAGCAGCUAGCCCCCUGAGAGUAGCUUAGCUGCUAGCUAGCCAGGUCAGAGCUAUUUAGAAACUAGCUAGUCUGGUUAGAGUUACAUAAAAGCUAUCUAGCCUUGUCAGGGUUACAUAGCAGCUAGCUAGCCUGGUCAAAGCCACAUUGCUUUUGGUUGGAGCUAUAGAACAGAAUACUACCAUCUCAACCAAGCCGGGCUCUGGUAGCCACCAACAAGGAAGAGAGUACUUCCUGUAGCAGGCGAGUGUUGGACGUGCAGGCUGAAACGACCCCAGCAGAGGCAGGCUCAGUUCCUUCAGGAUAUUGCAAGAGAGGUGGGCUGAACCAAGCUGUUCUGCUGGUGGUUGGACCGGAAGAGGACUUGUGUGGCAGAAUGUUGUUGUUGCUUAAGAGACUGAAGUUAAACUGUGCUCUGGCUAUGCUUUCCCUCAAGCCUGGCCUCAGUGUGUAGAGGGCUGAUCAGGAACAAGAUUAGCUGACACUGGACUGUCUGAAGGGAAGGCAUCUAUGACUGCUUCUCCUGAGGUUUGAAGUGCAGAAGACCAUACUUCCUACAAAUUGGGCUAAAAGUACAUUGUAACUUAAUAAUAACAGGAAAAGGGAAACAGAAAAGAACAAAGCAUUUAGUAUUUACAUACAGGCAAGACAGGAAUUCCUAGAGUCUCACUGUUUCCAGGUCACGGCUUGAUAGUUCCGAUCCUGUGCUGGGUCAUAGUGCCCUGUAGUUAGCAUACCGCCAGGUUCUCAGUCUCAGGUGAGUCAAACUCCAAGUUAGCCUACCUGGGCCCUGGGGCCCUGCAUUUCCUCUAAAGGUCUGAGGAGCGAGCGAUGGCCAUGGUGAGCGGGGGGUGGGGAGAUCCCAAUGGGGGCACCAACGGGCUGGGGGAGAAGAGCUACCUGAGGGAGGAAGAUGAGGCCUCGCUCCAGGCAGGAGGCAGCGACAUGGAAGCUGGGGAUGAGGACAAGGCAUGCGUGGUGGACUGUGUGGUGUGUGGAGACAAGUCCAGCGGGAAGCACUACGGAGUGUUCACCUGUGAGGGGUGCAAGAGUUUCUUCAAGAGGAGCAUUAGACGCAACCUCAACUACACCUGCAGGUCCAACCGAGAAUGCCAGAUUGACCAACACCACCGUAACCAGUGCCAGUACUGCCGUUUGAAGAAGUGCUUCCGUGUGGGCAUGCGCAAAGAAGCAGUUCAGCGCGGGCGCAUCCCUCCCUCACACGCCAGCCUGAGCCCUUCCAUACCCCCAGCAGGGGGCACCAGUGGCCUGGGAGCCAGCGACUUCUACAGCAGCAACAACGGUAGUGGAGGGCAGCCGGUGUCGGAGCUUAUCUCCCAGCUGCUGCGUGCCGAGCCAUAUCCAAGUAGCCGCUACGGCCAUCAGUACAGCCAGCAGGGGGGCCCAGGGGGCCAGGGGACCUCCAUGGGCAUUGAUAACAUCUGCGAGCUGGCCGCCCGCCUGCUCUUCAGCACCAUUGAGUGGGCCAGGAACAUCCCUUACUUCCCUGAGCUGCCCGUCUCAGAUCAGGUGGCACUGCUGAGGCUGAGCUGGAGCGAGCUGUUCAUCCUGAACGCAGCCCAGUCCGCCCUGCCUCUACACAUGGCGCCUCUACUGGCUGCUGCGGGGUUCCACUCCUCGCCCAUGUCGGCUGAGAGGGUGGUGUCCUUCAUGGACCAGGUGAGGGUGUUCCAAGACCAGGUGGAAAAGCUGAGCAGGCUGCAGGUGGACUCUGCUGAGUACAGCUGCCUCAAGGCCAUUGCUCUUUUCUCCCCAGAUGCCUGUGGGCUGACAGACCCGGUACACGUGGAGACCCAGCAGGAGAAGGCCCAGGUGGCCCUGACGGAGUACGAGAGGAUGCAGUACCCUGGCCAGCCGCAACGCUUUGGCCGUCUGCUGCUGCGCCUGCCUGCCCUGCGCGCCGUGCCCGCCAGCCUCAUCUCCCAGCUGUUCUUCAUGCGCCUGGUGGGCAAGACACCCAUCGAGACGCUCAUCCGAGACAUGCAGCUGUCUGGGAGCUCCAUCAGCUGGCCCUACGUCCCGGGACAGUAACCCCUGCGAAGGUCACCCCUCCUGGGCAGGGGGGCUUGGCACACAGGCCCCUCCUGGUUGACUCAUUAUUACCCAUCUGUGUGGAUUCACAGCCAGCUGGAUAUCAUACGUACUGUACUGCCUUCCCUUCUUGAUCAUAACCAACUGUUAUCAUCCAAGCUCAGACUGGUCCCAGCCUGGCUCGGCUCUGUUUCUGGUCCUUCCCUGUUACAGGGUUCUGGUCCUUCCCAACCCCAUUACAGAGUUCUGGUCCAUCCCAGCCUGGUGCCUGCGUCCUGGUGCCAGCAGUGCUGCUGGGACCCACUAUGCCAUCCUCCUAUCACAGACUACGAAUGUGACGGCACACACACAGGGCUCCAGAUGGCCUCUACUACUGUCUUGCUCUGCUGUCUCAGCUGCACCGGAGUCUCUAUCACCCAGAACCCUCACACAGCCAGACCACACAGACAGACAGGCCAGAACCCUUGCACAGCCAGACCACACAGACAGACAGGCCAGAAGAUGUCACCAUGUCAACCAGUCAGAUCAUAUGGUUGUGUGUGUCAGAAACAAAAUACUUGCAUUGUUGAAUCAUUCAUAGGGCUCUUGAUGUUGUUGCUUUUGAGCAGUUUAAAUAACACAGUGAACUGGACUGAUGCCUCUGCAGUCUACCAUGUGGAGGGGACCUCUGGCAAUAUGCAGCUUCUCUUUCACCACAAGCCGCCUUCUUCUUCAUGAGAACUGCCUGUUCCACUUCAACACCCAGAGCUCCAGACACUCACAACCCUGGACACUAAACACUGCUAGUUCAUAUGUCCGCACAAACUGUCAACUGAAAUGUUCUUAUUACAGCGGAACAAGAUGAUGACAUGGCUAGAUUGUGAGACUGUGACAAGCUGAUUGUUGACCACUGUUCUAACAUGUGACAGAAAAGGCAAAUGGGUUUACCUGUGACCUGACCAUGCUGGACCCUUCCAACAUGACAAGCCCUGAGAGGUGUAAAGUGUACCAUACAUGGGGAACUGAACACUCAAUUAUUGUUCUAGAAUAUUCCUUUUAAGGUGAAGUUGUCCUGUUGCAUGUUUAGAUUCUGUGUUUAAUUGUACUAUUUACACAAUGGGAUAAAUUAGGCCUUUUUCUAAAGUUGGAUGGUUACUUUUUUAACUUUUAAUGUUUCACAUGAAAUACCUCUUAACAUCUACUGAGAUACCCGAAGACUGUCAAGCUGGGACAGCAACUUGAAUAAAAGUUGCAGAGUGAGGCUCUGAAUCGUUUGUGGGCCCUUUCUCAAGCAUGGCAGGUCCGCUACACUACGUUUAGGGAUAGUGUUAGCCCAGGAGAGGGACCAGCACCAUGCGUCGUCAUGACUACAAUGCCAAAACACUACCUGUUAGAGAGACAGAGAGAGGGUAGGCCCUACCAAGUCAUUCUAACAACUGUUUACCUCACAAAGCCCUCAUCUUAAAUAAAUGUCAAUUACCAUUCUCUCUCUAUCUCCCACCCCACACACACACCAAGUCACAAACUGAUAAAUGUAUUAUUCAUGUUUUAGUAUCAUUGUGUUGAUGAGUUAUUUUGUUUGUUUCAUGUGUAUGGAAGCAUUAAAAGACCAAAACCUAA